UCCGGUGGCGUCAAGAUGGGAAAACGAAACUGGGGCGGAGGGAUUUCCCGAGAAGAGCCACUCGGCUGAGAUAUAAACAGAGGCGGUCAGUAACGGAGGACGGAGACUCCGCGGCUGAGCUGAGAGGACUGUAGCUGACCGGGGGUCGUACAGAGGUGUGACUACAGUGCUGAGCUUAUUUCAGUCUUGUCCAGUGGCCGUGCUGGUCAGUGAGCCCCAAUGGACCAAAACAAGAACAAACCGCUAUUCGUCCCCUGGCUGCGGAGGCAGGUCGACAGCGGACAGUACCCUGGAGUUCAAUGGCUCAACCAUGAACACACACUCUUCGCCAUCCCCUGGAAACACGCGCUGAGACAGGACUCCAACAGCGACGACAUCCGCAUAUUCAAGGCCUGGGCUCAGACAGGCGUCUGCUCCGAUGGCAGGAUCCAAGGCGACCCCUCGGUGUGGAAGAGGAACUUCCGGAGUGCUCUCAGAGCCAGAGGCUUCAAGCUGGAGCUGGACAACAAGAACGAUGCUGCCAACCCUCACAAAGUCUUUAAGUGGCCAGAGGAUGGACAGUCCGGGGAGUCACGAGAAGCAUCACAAGAGUGUGAUGGUGAGAUUCCUGUCUGUGAUGUUCUGUACUUGGCAGAUGACGAAAUGUUUCCAGGUGGAGUCGCACCUUCUGAUUUGCUGGAGCAGUGCCUGGUGGGCCUAAACAUUGGCGGAAGUGAGCAAGAGAGUCAAAGGCCUUUUGCUGUGGAUGAUCAGUUCUUGAUGGAGCCGCCAGUAGGGGGAGACCAGUACUCUGCUGCAGUGGCCAUUCCUGCAGUGGACAGUGUGAUUGGUGAAGUGUUCUCCAUUCAGGAAACCCUCAACAUGGGACAGUUUUCCCCUGUUGGAGGGGCUGCUGGUAUGGGACACGUUUCCCCUGCUGAAGGUGCGGUGGCUCUUGGACAGUUUUCUCCACUAGAGAGUGCAUUCAUGGGCACAGAGGAGCCUGUUCUGGGGCAGCCGAUGCCUGUUCAUGACACAGCCAACAACUCAGGUCCUGGCCAGUUUUCAACACAUUACAAGGUGACAGUUUACUACAAAGGAACCAAAGUGUUGGAGCAGCUGGUGGAGAAUGAUGCGGGUUUCAGGCUGGUUUCUAGGAAAGACCCCAGUUUAAUGGCAGAUGCUCUCCCGGUUCUGGAGCUGCCUGGUAUAGACUCUAUCCUGGACCAGACCCAGGCCAGUUCAACCAAUGACAUCCUGGUUAAUCUGGGGGGUCUGGAGGUCAGGAAGGUGGGCGCCACAGUGUACGGCCAUCGCUGGGGUGACAGCCGGGUCUACUGGGGUCUGUGUAAACAUGAGCGGGGGGCUGAACCCAGGCCCCUUUCCAAAAACCAGCCUGAGCCCAUCUACCACUUCAAAGACUUUCGCACAGGUUUGAUAGCGUUUAUGGAGAACAGUGGUACUCGAUCUCCUUUGUACACCCUCUUCUUCUUUCUGGGGCAGAACUGGCCUGACCCCAGAAACAAGCCCUGGGAAAAGAAGCUCAUCAUGGUGGAGGUGGUCCUCACCUCUCUAGAGAAGCUGAAGCUGAUGGCCGUGGAGAAUGGCGCGUCCUCACUACAGUCUGAUGAGCUGCAGCUUUCUCUGGAGCAGAUGAUGGAAAUGUGCUAAAUGCUUCUGAGAUCAGACAGCUGGACAGAGAUAAACUGGAAUGGCACUUUUUGCAGCUCUUUAAGGCGAUGGUUCAUCUGGAACGUUUGGCCUCGUCUCAAAUGUGUGCAAAGUUUGCUUCUUUAGUUUUACGCUGGAGCUACGAGGCUGAUGUAGCUAACAAGUGCUGGAGCCGCCAGUGAGCCUUGUACAAACUGUGUGCCUAAAUAAUCACAUACACUGUGUGCACAAUUAUUAGGCAAGUCAGUAUUUUGACCAUAUUAUCAUUUUUAGGCAUAUUUUCUAACUCCAAGCUGGAUAAACUUGAUUGCUUAAUGGAUUUAAGCAUAGCAGG